AUGGCCUCCUUUACGCCCUACACCUACUUUAAAUGCCCCUGUACCGACGCCUCGAUACCCAGUCGAAAUCUCGGAGACGAACAACCUCCAGAAACCGAGGAAAACUCCGACGACGACCGAACCUUUGAUCCGCGAGCUCCACGGUCAAAUUACAGCUUAUACCCCCUCGAACACCUGCUAUAUUGUGAAGAUUGCCACCAGAUACGGUGUCCGCGAUGUGUGCUAGAUGAGAUAGUGACGUGGUACUGCCCGAAUUGUUUGUUCGAGGUGCCGAGCAGUACUGUGAAGUCGGAGGGGAAUCGAUGUACACGAAGUUGUUUCCAAUGCCCAAUAUGUGUCGCACCCCUCUCAGUCAGCAGUCUCGAAGCUCCGCCACAGGGCCUGGGAGCAGAACUUGCAUCCCAGCAGAAUGGCCCUUUCGUCUUGAAUUGCGCCUACUGCAUGUGGAGCUCCAAGGAGAUCGGGAUACAGUUCGAGAAGCCGAAUGGGAUAUUUGCGCAGCUGGCUAAAAUAAAGAAUGGAGGGCUGCCGAUUCUCACAGCUAAGGACAGGAGGAAAGAUCGCGAGGAGCGGAAACGGGAUUUCUCUGGAUCAUCGGCCGCAGAAGAGAGCCAGGAGAGUGAAGCACCUAUCAAUCUGGAUCCGAAUGAGAGGCUAGAUCCUGAGAGUCAAUUCUCGAAUCUGAAGGCGUUCUAUCAGACACAGAUGGCGGAGUCUUCUCCUGUUAGUGCGCUGGGCUUUACUGGAGACUAUGGUUAUGGAUCACCAGGAGCAUUAUCACGAAUAAUGGGACUCUACACAGGCGGCAGCUUCGCAGACAAGAAGUCGAAAACCAAAUCCGGUACCAUGAGAGAAGCGCGGGACGCCCUAGAAGGUCUCCAAAUUGACCCCCUUUCCUCCGACGAAGCAAUCACCAAGCUUAGAACCGAAGGAUGGGAAAGUACCGCCUCUGCUGAACAAAGACACGAACAAACAACACACACUCCCUUCCUCUCCGACCUGCGCCCCAUCGCCUACCUCCUCCGCACAAAACGUUCAAAGCGAUGUAAAACAUGCCGGCACAUCCUCUCGAAACCCGAAUCCAAAGUCCAAACAACACGCUUCCGCAUCCGCCUCGUAGCACUAAACUACAUCCCCAGCAUCACCAUCAAACCUCUCCAACCCCCGCUACCAACCGCAUCCCCUCUCUUGGCACCGUUGAAGCCGGUACAAUUUCUACUUACGUUCAAGAAUCCCUUGUUCGAUAGUGUGAAAGUAACAGUCGCAACACCAGCCAAAACUCCUGGCCGAUUUCCUACGAAAGUCACAGUUCUAUGUCCACAGUUUGAAGUUGGAGCCAAUACGGAUGUCUGGGAUGAAGCGUUGCGGGAUAACCACAAAAGCUCCUCUCUCAGCGGCGAGAAGCGCCGCACCAAAGCGGAAGCUAGUGAAGGACAGCACCAAGCUGAAGCCGGCAAAGUAUGGGAACGGGGGAGGAAUUGGGUCAGUGUGGUGGUCGAGGUUGUGCCGCCGAGUCUGCGGAUUGGGGGCUCCGAGUGGCUGAAGAGUGAGGAGAUGAAGAGGGAUAGUGGGAAUGUUAGGGAUGGGGAGGAGGUGGUUGAGAUCCCGGUUUUUGUGAGGGUUGAGUGGGAGGGAGAGGUUGGCGGGGAGGAGAGUGGGUUGGGUGGCGGAGGGAAGGAGAAGGAGGUUAGGGAGAAGAGGGAGCUGGCUUAUUGGUGUGUGCUUGGGUUGGGGAAGGUCGCUGUGGAUUAA